UGUGUCUUUUGGGAUUCUGGUAUGGAAAGUGAAAGAAGCUCCUGCCCUUGUUUAUCUUGGCAUGUGCUCAAGAGUAUCUUUGAAAUCUUUUUUUUUUUUUUUCUUUUCUUCGGGGUUGAUCAUCUGUAACCAGGGGCACCUCAGGAUUAGACAGCUGUUAAUGAAAAGGGUACAGCAAUGCAGAAUGAGAGAAACUAUGAGGACUGUCGAUCCAAUUGGGACACCUUUGCGAGGACUUGGCAUGAACGUUGUCCAACGAAAAGCCUACAGUGUUGCUUCUCCUUUGUCACUCUGACAUAUGGGAAUCAUAAGUUAAUUCAAUGGAUAGUCAUUCAUGGCGGCAUUGAUGGCUACAGUAGAAAAAUAGUGUACCUGAAAGCCAGCAACAACAGAGCUUCAACAGUUUUUGAAAGUUUUGUUAGAGCUGUACAUCAGUUUGGCUUACCAUCACGAGUCCGAAGUGACAAAGGCCUUGAAAACAUUGAAGUGGCUCGAUUUAUGUUGGAGCAUCCUCGUCAUGGACCAGACAGAGGAAGCCAUAUCACACGUCGAAGUGUGCACAACCAGUGCAUUGAGAGGCUAUGGCGCGAUGUGUGGUACACAGUUACUAGCAAUUAUUAUGUUGCCUUACAGUAUUUGCAGGCAAUACAGGCACUUGACCCAGAUGAUGAAAUUCACAUGAUUUGUUCUCAACACGUGAUAAUUCCAAGACUGAACAUGCACCUUGAUAUGUUUUGCCGGGGGUGGGACCGACAUCCUCUAUACUCAGAGCACAUGAAAUCCACACAACAGCUAUGGAUUCAGGGGCUACUGUCAAACUACAGCAGCAAAAAUCCCAUUUCCUCUGAAACUCUGAUAUGCACAUUCAAUUUAAUUGAUUUAUACACUUACGCUCUGCAUGGCAUGAGAGAGUACGUUGAUUUUCUGGGCCAUCAAACAAGCACUGGUCGGAAAAACUCCCUCAUUGGCCCUCCCAAAUCCACUGCUCCUUCCAAAACACCAGCAUCAUCUGUGAAUUUCACAUCCACUCUUCUGUUGGUUGAAAAGUUUGGCCUCUGCAUGGCUCUUACAGCUCUUGAAGCGAAUGACUUCUUGCUCAUUGAUUCCAACUCUCAGAGAAUGUGGGAUAUCUACCACACUUGGUAUCUUCCAAGAGAGGGGUCUGGCACCUCCCUGCACGGCCGCCGUCAGGGUUUGGAGCAGGAGGUCCAUCAUAGCCGCAGACUGUACGGCAUCCAUGUUCUGCAGUGCCAGUGA